AUGCCAUCAACCGGAACCGACAUUUUCGAUUUACUGUCGUUUGUGACAGAAAAUAUUGUUGAGCCUAGUACUAACUUUGGAUCACCAUAUGCAAUGGCAUUUCCUGACGCUGGUAAUUCUGUAGCUGGUAUUUGCGGAGACAUCCUAACUGCGUUCUUAAACCAAAAUCUUAUCAACUGGACACCCUGCUCUCCUUCAGCCACCGUAGUUGAAAUCACAGUCAUCAGUUGGCUUCGUGACCUGCUUGGCUAUACUGUAGCCUCUAAUAUUUCCGCCCCAAUAGAUGUUGGUGGACUUAUUACUUCUGGAGGCGUUCUCUCAAACACAAUUGCAUUGCUUUUGGCAAGAGAAAGUGCCAUGCCGGACUGUAUGCGGGUAGGAUUUAACUCUAAGAAAGGUGCGACACCUUCUAUCAUUGUACCGGAUGGCAUCGACCAUUACAGCUCACGGAUUUCCGCCGGUUGGUUGGGUCUUGGGGAAGCCAACGUUUUCAAAGCUCCUUCAAAAAACUUCAAGUACGAUUUGGAUGUUUUGCCCCAAAUCGUUGCGAAUUUGAAGUCUUCUUCCCACAAACCCAUACUUCUGGUCUGUUACGCGGGGGAUUCACGAUCAAUGUCAACAGAUAAUUUUAAGGAAAUUCGCCGUAUAUGUGACACAUAUGGGAUGUGGAUGCAUGUUGAUGGGUGUCAGGGUACUCAGUUAAUUUUCUCCAACAAAAAUCGUAGUAAAAUUCACGGUAUCCACUUGGCCGACAGCGUAACCCUUGAUCCACACAAGGUACUUGCUGUGCCAUAUGCCAUAUCCGUAUUCCUCGUUAAGAAUCCGAAACACCUUGAAACUAUCAAGCGACCUGAAGACAUUAUCACUGGAGAAAAGCACAGCUUUGGACAAAUAACCCCUUUCCAAGGAAGUCGCUCGUUUGCAUCCUUGAAGUUAUUCAUGAUGAUGAAACAUCUUGGAAGGGAAGGAAUUGGGAGGAUGAUUGACAGAAGGUGCUGUUUUGCAAAAUUUGUUGCUGAAGUAAGUCAUAAAUGA